GCCAACGCGCUGCAUUGUGGGUAUGGUUAGCGGAAGUACGCCAGUCAUCCAUGGUGGAAGCUUAAGUUGGGGUCGUGUUUUGAAUGUAAACUCUGGGGGAUUUUUAAUCUUUUAAAACUGCAAGUUUGUACGAAUGCGGGGCGAAGAGUCGUCAGAUUCUGAGUCGGGGAGAAUGGAGGAGAAUUCGGUCCGGAGGAGUUUGGAGACGUUGUGUCAGGAGCUGAACAUGGACGAGCAGACUGCCACUGAAACCAUGGAGAACUUCACUGCCAUCUGGAACACAUACACACUGGAGGGAGAGGUGGUCCACUGGCUGGCCUGUUCGCUGUAUGCGGCCUGUAGAAAGGGCUCCACUCCCACAGUGGGGAAAGGGUUGAUGGAGGGAAACUGUGUUUCUCUCACCAGGAUCCUCCGCACCGCCAAACUCAGUCUGAUCCAGUUCUUCUCUAAGAUGAGGAAGUGGGCCGACAUGGCCAGCCUCUCCCAGAACUUCAGGCUGCGCAUGGAGCGGCUGGAGCGCAACUUUGAGGUUUCUACGGUGAUUUUCCGCAAGUUUGAGCCCAUCUUCAUGGACAUGUUUCAGAACCCGCAGGGAGGGGAGCCGCCACGGCAACCACGCAGCAGGAAGCACAGGCGACUGCCGUGUCACAUCAGCGAUGUGUUCAAGUUCUGUUGGACUCUGUUUGUCUACACCAAAGGUAACUUCAGUAUGAUCGGUGAUGACCUAGUCAACUCGUACCACCUGCUGCUCUGCUGUCUGGACCUGGUGUUUGGAAAUGCUCUGCUCUGCUCCAACAGGAAGGACCUCAUCAACCCCACGUUCAGAGGUCUGCCGGCUCUGUACCGCGCCGACGGCCACGUUUCGCCGGACGAGCCUCCUCCGUGUGUGUUGGAGAGGUUAUGCGAGCUGCACGACGGGCUGGUGGUGGAGGCCAAAGGCAUCAAGCAGCACUACUUCAAACCCUACAUACAGAAACUGUAUCAGAAGCAGAUCCUGAAAGGCAACGAGGAGCAUUUGACAGAACUGUUGGAUCCUCAGAGCUUCAUUGAUAACAAUAAAGCCAUAAACAGGGAGUAUGAGGAGUACGUGUUGACAGUGGGAGAUUUUGAUGAGCGGGUGUUUCUGGGAGCCGAUGCCGACGAGGAAAUCGGGACUCCGAGGAAGAUUGUUCAGGAAUCUUCUGCCAGCCAGGCAAACGCUCAGAGCCAGCUGCAGCAACAUGUAGAGAAGUCGGGCUCCCUCGCUCCCUCCACCCCUCUGACGGGACGAGUCUACCUGAAGGAGAAGGACCUGCUGGUCACGCCCGUCUCCUCGGCGACGCAGAGUGUCAGCCGGCUGCAGAGCAUGGUGGCCGGGUUGAGGACGGCCCCCAGCGAAAACCUGAUUCACAUCUUCAAGUCUUGCUCCAGAAAUCCCACAGAGUCCAUCCUGGGCAGAGUCAAGGCACUGGGACAGAUCUUCAAAGAACAUUACACCAAGGACUCAGAAGACAUGCCCGGCUCUCAUAUAGACUUUGCAGAGAACCGUCUAAAGCUGGCUGAGAUCCUCUACCACAAGAUCCUGGAGAACGUCAUGGUGCAGGAGACCAAACGGCUGCAAGGCAAAGACAUGAGUGUGUUAUUGGAGCAGGAUAUCUUCCACUGUUCCCUGAUGGCAUGUUGUCUGGAGGUGGUGUUGUUCUCCUACAGCUCCCAGAGAACUUUCCCCUGGAUCAUCAACAUCUUCAAGCUGACCCCAUUCUACUUUUUUAAGGUGAUCGAGGUGUUUAUCCGCUCAGAGGAAGGCCUGUCCAGAGACAUGGUGAAGCAUCUGAACCUGAUCGAGGAGCAGGUUCUGGAGAGCAGAGCGUGGAGCGCAGACUCUGCCCUGUGGAGCGUCUUGCAGGCUGCUGGGAACAAGGUCCCCACCGUCGAGGAGGUGAAUUUUUCCUCCAGUCUGGACUCUGGCUCUGGUUCUACCAGCGGAGGUCAGUCCCACCUGCCUCUGGUCGCCCUCUCCCCCAUCAUCCACCCCCGCAUCAGGGAGUUCAGAUCAGGCCUGGGCAGCGCACGCAAAGAUGUGCCUCCCUCUCCGCUCUCGGUCCACGACCGGUACAGCUCCCCGGCAGCUGGCAGCGCUAAACGACGGCUUUUCGGCGACGACCCCCCGGCCGCCCCGACACCAGGGGUGGCCCCCAUCGGGAGCCCGAUGACGUCACCGGCCAAAAGGUUGACGUACGGCUCAAGCAGCACCCUGAGGAUCGGAGCUCAGGGCGCCCAGGCCACCGUCCUCAGUUUCCCACUGCAAGGUUUGAAUAGCGACCGCACUAUCACACUGAUCCCGGUUCAGCCGUGCGACUCCUCUGGUACCAUCACUGCUCAGUUCCUGCUGACCGCCUCGCCGAGCCGCGCUCCCAUCGCCUCUGCGGCUCCCCCAGCCUCCGACCCCCAGGCAGGCAUCAGUCGGCCGCGACGUACCGGCUCACUCGCUCUGUUCUUCAGGAAGGUGUACCACCUGGCCAGUGUACGUCUGAGGGAUCUGUGUGUGAAGUUGGACAUCUCGUCGGAGCUGCGAGGGAAAAUUUGGACGUGUUUUGAGCACUCUCUGGUCCACUGCACGGGUCUGAUGCGGGACAGACACAUCGACCAGCUGCUGCUGUGCAGCGUCUACAUCAUAUCCAAAAUCACCAAAGAGACGCACACCUUCCACGACAUCAUGAAGUGUUAUCGCAGCCAACCACAGGCCAGCAGCCAUGUGUACCGCAGUGUGUUACUGCGUCGCACUCCCAUGGAGCAGGUAACCGAUGAGAACAUGGAGGUGGAUCCUGUUUCGGGCGGCGAAUCUGCAGAGAAACCCAAUCCGGUCUCAGGAGAAGCAAACUCGGACCAAUCAGAGGAGGAGCAGCGUGGUGACCUCAUCCAGUUCUACAACAACGUCUUCGUCCUUAAGAUGAAAGGCUUCGCGCUGCGUUACGCCACCCACGAUAACCGGGCGGACGCCCCUCCUCUCUCUCCGUUCCCAUCGGUUCGGGCUCAGCCUCUCUCUCCUCGUCGGGUUUCUCAGAGACACUCGCUGUACGUUUCCCCUCACAAGAACUCUGCAGGCUGCCUCACACCAAACUCCUACACCUACAGGAUCAACAGCAGCCCGUCCAAGGAGCUAUCCGACAUCAACCGGAUGAUACGGCAGGGCUCGGUGAGCCGGAAGAGGGCCUUCACCAUGGAAGGGGACGUGAUGAUGUCAUCAGCGUGCGACUCCCCCAGUAAGAGGGCGUGUCCGGAGAACGGCAACAGUCCCGACGUGCUGCUGAAGAGACUGCAGGACGUCGUGUCCGAGCGCCAGAGUCACUGACGGGCCCGACGGGUGGCGAAACACGUAAAAACAUUAAAGUAAUGAAUUAACUUUCAUUACAGAACUCUUCCUCACUUUAAAAAGCUAAACUUUUUUUCAUCACUGAUUGUGACAUUUCUUUAAAUAUAUUAUGACCUGAGGGUCAUAGAACCGGAGCAGCACAUAAUGGCACAAAUCAUGCCAUUUAGUUUUAUCCAAAUAAUCCCACUUCUGGUGUCACAACCCCCCAAAAACAGUUUGACUUUGAUAUAGUAGAUAUAAUAAUAUCUAGAAUGUGAUAUAUGAGCCACAUCAGGAAUCAGAACACACAAUCACCGACAGCCUUCACUUGUUUGACCUUUUCACUCUGUAGUUCUGUCAAGUAGCUCAACAGUUUGAGCAUCUUCAGUCACUGUUGCACCUCUGUGGGAUAACUGCACCUGACGCACCCAUCUCAGCAUUGCACUACUGUUGCAAUAUCCUGAGUGCUUGAAUUCACAGGUUGCUAAACAUUGGCAGCUGCUAGAUGACAGCACAAUCAGCUGUUUCUCUUCAAGGGGGAACCUAAAGGGUAGCUUCCAAUCGCUCAAUCUUUAUUACACGGUGCCGAAAAGUUCAAAAUAAAACUUUUUGAAGAUAUGAAAGUUUUCACGUUGGUCCAAGAAGAAGAGAGUCCUCGCGUUUGAAGUCUUUUCUCUUGUGAAAGUAAAAUGUGAAAAGGAUGUAAAUCUCUCCGUGCUGUCUGAAUUGUUUUCCACGGCAGUUGGCGUUUAGAAGUCUUGAGUCUUUUUGAGCUCCUCAUCCAUUGCCAGCAGUAAGUUUUGGCAGCUGGACGGAUUAUUUGGUCUCGUCCGUUUCCGCAGUAAAAACGCCAGGAGACACUCGUGACUCGUUUUCACUCUGCGGGAAGGGAUUUCCUCUGUUGCAGCAAAACGCUGAAACUUUCAUAGGUUGAACACUUUUAGGACUAACUCUGACAAACUUGAAGAAACUGUCUAGUCGAGCAACAUUAAGGCUCCAAACAACCCAUAAUUCAACACUGUGCAGUAGUUGGUGUUACUCUGUAGAUGUAAGGAGAAUAUCUGCUGCUGUGAAUUACAUCAAUGUUUAGUCCUCUUAUAUAAUACAACCCUUUUUCAUAUGUAAUUUUCAGAAAAAAUAGGUUGUCUUUUAUUCGGGCCAAUACGGUAUACAACUUUUUAUAAAAUACAUGUUUGUUUUUUUUCAUGAAUCAAGUAUUUCACAGCGGUACACAAAGAAGUAAACACUCUUUCAAUCAAUUUAUUGUGAGCUUUGAGUCAGACAACCUUCAUCAGGAAGUUUAAUUUUUCCUAAUCAUUUUACUCGCCGUGACAACAUGGAGCGCUUUUUUUUUUUUUUUUUUAGCCUGGCUGAAAAUCUAACCUCUCACCCUGGCCGCGUUUGGUGUUUUUUGCUCACACAAAUAAAUAUAUACAAGUAGUGGAAAAAGGGAAAAAAAGUUUUUACCUGAGGUUGAUCUUCAGAUAUUGGGGACUGAAAAUCCUGAAGUUGUCGGUUCGAUUCACAUACAGAAGCAGCCCGUCAUUCUUCACGUCAGCUCAAAAUAUAUUUAAAAAAAUGUCAGUGGUUUCAAACUUAAACUUGUGUAAAUAGUUUUCUUAACCAGGAUGUGAUAAAUCACGCUCUAUUGUACAUUCUCAAGCAUCAAACCCGUCUUCCAGUAUAUCUGCAGAGUUCUCAGAGCUUUUAACUGCUGAGGGAAAAGGAUUCUUUUAACAUUUAGUUUUACUGUCUCCUUUAAUCAUCCCCGUUUGUGGUUAUAAACCAUUUAAUGUUAUACAAUGCUGUAAAAAAGAAGAAGAAAUUGUGUACCUUGAGUGUGUAGUAUCUACACUUGAUGUUUUAUUGAAUUUAAUCUAAUGCUUUAUUAUGUACUGUUCUGUUCACACCUGGUUCGCUAAAAGCACACAAGGAAAGCACAUGGUAAAAAAACUAACCACUUGUUGUAAAAAUGCUAAUUAAUCAGCCUAAAAAAAAUACAAUUAUGAACACAAAUCUGUAACCAGGGAACAAAUUUGUGUCACUUCAGUGCUUUUCUGACCUCCGUUCAAAACACAAAUUUGUAUUUUUUCUACAGACAGUCAAAGGUUUUGUACAAUAAAAUGUACUUGUGUUCAUU